AUAUUGCUUAUUCACCAUCUCUGUUACUUUAAAAAGCAUUGUUCACUUCUGUGUUGUAGAAAACAGAUACUUACAUGUACUUGUAGUUUCAGUUUUGUUUCUGUAGUUUGAGAGAUAGCUACAGUAUAAAUAUUCAGUGAGUAAAAACAAGGCACAGCAUCAUUCCUUUGAGAUCUUUGUGAGAAAACAGACAUGAUAUCGCUGUGGAACAGAUCUUUACAGAAGAAAGCAAGUGAUCUUCAUGGCGACACCUGGAAGAUUGAAACUGAUCAGACUAUUGUGGAAAACAUUCAAGCUCCUAAUUGGCACCAGUACAUUUCUGGCUCCUUUGCAGAGUUCAGGUGUUCUCUUUGUAGAAGAACCUGGGGGUCUAGUAGAGUGCAGGUGAUGUUUCAUUUCUACCUGAACAAAGCAAGCAGACAGGGAAUCAUUAAACUACGAUGCUACAAACAGGAAUGUAGGACGUGCAAUGAAGCUCAGUGGGAGGAUCCAAACUUCCCAGUAGAAAACAUCGAUGUGCUGGUUGAGAGACUAGUUAAAAAUAUCCGCAAGAAAUGCUAUGAAGAAGACCUGGGUGAAGCAAACAGAUCCUCAGUGUUUGAUGGAAGAUCUGAUGGGCCACAUGAAAGUGCUCACUGUGAAGCCUGUCGGCUUGGAAUCUGCAGUCAAGCCAACUGAGAUUGAGUUCAUUGCUCAAAUUUUCUAAGUGACUAUAUUAUUGAAAAUAUUUGUAAUAUUCGCUAAAAUUAACAACUUGUUACUGCCGCAAGUGUAAGCUUAUGGUUGACUUCUACUCUUUGUUAAUUAAUUAUUGUGAGUUUAAAUCUUUCUCUUUCACUGAAUUCACUGCAGCCCUGCUUAAUGUAAAACAGUACGCUACCACAGAAACCACCAUAUUUUUAUUGUGGGUUUUACAUCGCAUAUAUUGUGCUUUGCAUGUUGUUGCUUCUGUAUUCUGGGAUUAUGAAAUAAAUGGAAAUGUUGUGGUCAAAGGUCUCUUUUGUUUUUAGUUUGUCUAAGCAAAUCAGUUUUUGUAUAUAGUUUGCCUGAAUGUCCAUUUCAGUCCUCACAGAGAUCAUGAAACUGUGAGGUAAAAGCCCAAUAUAUAUUUUUUAGCACCUUUACUGUUAUCUGCCUUCUCGUUCUUCAGCUGAUGGCUUUAGUUUUGUUCUCAAGACCACAGGUAAGAUAUAGUCAUGAAAUAGUAAUGCAAUAGUUAAAGUUUAUAGCAUUGUUUAGUGCUUUAUUAGUGUCUUUUAACACUAUUAUAACAGGCUGCUGGAUACACAGCUAUUCUUCUACAUUUCCGGCUCAUUAUCUGCUGUC